UCAUGAUUACAGAUUUUUAUUUCUUUUAAUUUUUUGUCAUGCUAAGGCUAACCGAUCAUUAUUUUAUGUUUUUUCUUUAGUAUUAUACCGUAUUGUAUACAUUGCACUCAUAACAAUUCGAUACAGUAGGUACUUAUUCAUUAAUUAUCGAACAGUCGACUUGUAGUGUAUACACAGUACACAAAAUACUGCAUCGAUACACGAGUGUACCAGAUUGAUGGAGAAAGUAGUAUAUUAACUAUAGUUAACUGUUCAGUGUUAGUUCCUAACUAGUAACUAUACCUAGUAGGUAACUAUAGAAGAUAGUUGACGUAAAUGGUGCAUCUACCCAGUGUGCUGUACUGCUGUUGGCUAUUGUAAAAAUUGUUAUGACUUAUAUUUUAUAAUUUAACAUUUGGCCUGCAUUAGUAUUAUGUAUAUUGUAGUAGGUACCUAGUUGUCAAUAUUGAGCUGUAACGUUUGUUUUAAUUGAUUUAUAUAUGUCAACUGAGGAUUAUAAACUACAUUUUGAAGAACCAAUUAAUACUCUAUACAUAAAUAACCACAGUUGAUUGUUUGUAUAGUUGAUACAAUUGAAUAAAUCAUUAUGGAACAAAUAAAUAACUCUGUUGAAGUGUUAAAUAUUGUAAGAUCGAUUGUGCAUCAUUUAAAUAAAGUCAACUUAGCUAAUAUGAUACAGAAAAUGAUUGCUUUGCGAAUAAAUAAUGUUAAACUACUCGAAGAAAUAUCAGAUAUAAUAUUUGAUCGAGCUUUACGGAGACAAAAUUGUACACAUAUAUAUGCCCAUAUGUGUGCAGCUAUGAUUAACGACUCUAAGUUUAAUAAACCGGUUACAAAUACUAAGACUACAUUUCAAAAAGUUCUAUUAGAAAAAUGUGAAAAUGUAUUUUAUACUUUGACCAAUUAUCAACAAGAGUUAGAUAAAUUUAUAGAGAAGAUGAAGAACAAUAAUGUGGCACCAAAUAAGUUUAUAACCUCUCUGAAUCAUUUUCAGUUUGAUUUUAAUAAAACAUCUAUGUGCAAUUGUAGAUUUAUGGGAGAACUGUUUAGAAAAGGUGCUUUUCCAAAAAAAGUUAUAUUGUCAUGCAUUACACAAUUAUGCGAGCAAUUAAGUAAUGAAAAAAAUGAAAUACAAUUGUAUUGUUUAUGUAUAAUACUACAAUUAGCAGGACCAAUAUUAUCAAAAACAUAUGAUUUGAACAUACCAAUAAAUAAGCUUGUAACGUCUUUAGAUAACCAUGACAUGUCAUCGGCACUAAAAUGUUUAAUACUUCGAGUACAAAGAAUGCAUUCUAAGGGUUGGAUAAAUGAGGAGUCUGUUGAGUUUGUAGAAAACAAUUAUUUUGACUUCAGUAAAUUACCAUUACAAAUGAAAAGUGUGUAUAGAUUAAAAUCAUAUAAGAUAAUGGCAGAAUGGAUUUUUGAUGAAUGUUAUGAUGUUCUUUUCGAUUUUGUCAACAAGAAAAAAACUAAUGAAGUUAUACAGUUAUUAGAAAUGAAAAAUACUUGGAUUUGCUAUGAUCCAGUAUCUUUUGUUGUAUCAUUGAUUCUUGUAGCCCUUGAAGAAAAUCAAAAUAUAAGAAAUUAUGCUGGAAAACUUUUAGAUCAUCUCAAUAAAAAAAGAUUGUUAUCAAAUCGUUUAAUUAAAUUAGGAGUCAACAAAGUAUUGAACGACUCAGGCAUUAAAAAAGAGUAUCCAAAUUUGUCAAACUUAAUUUUUGAUAUAACUGCUCACUGCUCAGUCUAACCUUUAAAGUUGAAUAAUGCCUGUUAAAUUUCAAUUUGUAGUAAUUAAUCACAUAUUUUAUAGAAUUUUGUUAAUUUAUAAAAAAUAAUGUUUUUGUUGAAUUAUUUU